AUGAUUCUCGCGUCAAACCCUCAGUAUGCUGCAAUGCAGAAUGUGCAGUACGACCCGACACCGAUCGAUCCCUCUGAGCCCACUGGACUUGUGAACGACCUCUUCUCAUUCCAAUUCCCAGGCAACGACACAAUCAUUACAACAUAUGGCGUCGAUACACCGCAUCCCUACUUGCCAGCAGUGCUCGACUUUGCAGGGACUGGGAUUUUGGUCGGAGCCACGUGCCAGUACAGCAUCUUGGUUUGGGGCUGCGACGCGAACAGAGUCCCAUACUACGCGAGCUAUUCAACGGCAGUGGAGUUCACCCAAACGCCCCCGGGCAUCGACCUGAUGAGUACAAGUGAUCAAGGACCUGAUCAGGAAACGAUCGAUGCUGUUUUGAAGGCGUUGAAGAAGCUGGGAAACGAGGAGAUCACCAAGUAUGUUGCAGCGUUGGAGAAGAUGGUGCAGGAUGGUGGCAGAAGAGGCAUGCCUAGGUCGAUGAUCAACGAGAAGACAUUCGAAUCAAAUUCCGACAAGAUGGCGAAGCGCAAACUCAACGAACACGACGUGCCAGAGGUGACAUCGAGCGAUGAGUCGCAGUCUGAGCCCCGCAGCUCGCCCGAACCCACGGCAUCCACCACGACUGCGCCUGCGACUGCAACCGCUGCCACACCGAAGAAGAAGAAGAGCUCUCAGUCAAAACCUGCCACUGAGCCAGUCCCCAUAAUCGCCUCAUUCGCCGAACUUCAACUCGAGCCCCGUCUGCUAAGAGCGAUCCGCGACCUAAAAUGGGCAUCACCAACGGCAGUACAGUCCCAAGGCAUACCGUUGAUACUGGAGGGACGCGACGUCCUUGCGCGUUCGGGGACAGGGACUGGAAAGACGGGAGCCUACCUUCUCCCCAUCCUCCAUAAGACGUUGCAACAGAAAGGCCAAUCGCUCAUCCUGGCGCCCACUAAGGAACUCUGCUCACAAAUCGCGACAGUCGCGAAAUCGCUCUCACAACACUGUGGACAAUCGAUUCGGGUCCGCAACAUCGCUGGCAAGGAAUCGGAUGUCGUCAUCAAGGCAGCACUCGCUGACAAACCAGAGAUCGUCGUCGCAACACCAGCGAGGGCAUGGGCAAAUAUCAACAGCUCUGCCAUGGCAGUCAGCGACAUCAAGACGCUUGUCGUAGACGAGGGUGACCUGAUCAACGGUUACGGGUUCGCAGACGAUAUGGAGAACAUCGCCCGGGAGAUUCCUGUCGGAGUCCAGAAGAUCGUCCUUUCAGCCACCCUCUCAACUGAUGUUGAGUCACUCGGCAGCCUGCUCUGUACGGACCCAGUUGUGCUGAAGCUUCAGGACCUCGACAAGGACUCGCAGAAGGUCAAGCAAUACGUUCUGAAGGUGGCGGAGGACGAUAAGUUUCUGCUGCUUUUCGCCAUGAUGAAACUCAAUCUGGUACAUGGGAAGAGUAUCGUGUUUGUUGGCGACGUCGACCGAUCAUACCGCGUCAAACUCUUCCUCGAGCAAUUCGGCAUCAAGGCGAUCGUACUCAACUCCGAACUGCCGCUGGCGUCCCGAACACACAUUGUGGAGGAGUUCAACAAAGAUCUCUAUAAGAUCCUCAUUGCUUCGGACGAAACCGACGUCGUUGGCGUGCAAGACGAGUCGCGACCAAAGAAGAAAGCGAAGAAGGACAAGGAGACCGACUCCGGCGUCUCUCGCGGCAUCGACUUCCUGAACGUCAGCUGUAUAAUCAACUUCGACUUCCCCGGGAACUACAAAUCAUACUUCCAUCGAAUUGGACGAACAGCACGAGCCGGCAAGUCUGGCACGGCCAUUUCGUUCAUCAUCCCGAAGGAGAAAUACCGCAAGCAUAAGCCGACUACGUUUGCUGGAUGCGAACAUGAUGAAGAGGUCUUGAAGAAGGUAGAGCAGCACCAAGAAGAGGGCCAAAAGCUGGAGGAUUACCAAUUCGACAUGAAACGAUUAGAGCCAUUCCGAUACCGGUUCGCAGAUGCCCUGAAGUCGGUGACCAGGAUCGCCAUUCGCGAGGCACGUAUCAAGGAAAUCCACAUGGAGCUGGCCAAGUCGCAGAAGCUGUCGCGAUACUUCGAAGAAAACCCUGAAGCACUCGCGCAUCUCCGCCACGACCAGACUCUCAACCAUCCCGCCAGAAUACAACCGCACUUGCGACACAUUCCUGAUUAUCUCCUACCAGGUGGGAAGAAGCCGCAAGAUGUUGGCUUUGUUGGUCUGAACAUACCAAGGGCGAAGAAGCAAUAUACCAAGGGGAAGGGCAGGAAAGUGGUAAGAAGGAAUGGCAAGGUCGACCCUUUGAAGACAUUCAAUGCGAGGGGCAAAGGAAGGAAAUGA